AUGUCAGAGACUCUGGAAUCCCAACUACCGCUGCCACCUUCAUCACCACCGACCGUUUCACCCUCGCCGCACGAAGAACAAGAACAGGAUUACGAUUCUAGCAGCUUGCUGCCUCCUCUACCUUCUCACGAUGAUGACGACGACUUGAACGAGGACAGUGUCCAUGAUUAUUCGGAAGACUAUGGCCAUGACGACUCCAACCUACCUCCCUCAGGCCACGACCACGGCCACGACCAAGACCACGACUCUAGUUUGAACCACACGCUGAAUGAAGAACGCGAGAUGCACCGGAAGUUGAUGGAUAUGGAGUCCAGUUUUCUCCCGGAGCCGUCGACGAUCCAAGUUGGCAGGGCUGCCACGACUAGAACGAUGGACGAUUCUUACUUGGUCGGAGCGGACAACGCACCUGGCACACCACAAGAGACAGAGAGUGCAGAGGGCCAGAAGUCAUCGUCUUCAGAAACACCGUCAGAUGCAUAUAAGACGCCUGUGCCGUUUCGGACGGUGGACAUGGAGCCUUCAGUGGUCGAAAAGCCACUGGAAGGAGACAGCUUGGUUGGAAUUAACACUUCUUCCUUGGAGACCAUAUCAUCACCUCCAACCGCUGCUGCUGCCGCCAGAACCGUUUCGCGAGUCCUUUCGGCCACCAGCAGCCGGUCUGGGAGACAUGGCGACUCCGUUCGCGAAGAGGGCCAGGGACAAGGCCAGGGACACAGCUUUGAGGACGAAGGAUCGCAUACGGAGAAAGAAGGCGACCUCGAUGCCACACCCCGCAAAGCCCGUACACAGCCUCAUAGUCAGUCUCCGCCGCUCUCUCGGUCUCUCCAGAGCUAUGCCACAGACGAUAACGAUGCCAGUCGGACCGGUGGCUUCCAGGGAGCCGCAGACUCAAUCGAACUACAGCGGACAAGACCAAAGUUUUUAGUUAGCCGACAGUCGUCGCACCGCCUAUCAACCUCUUCAAUCGCUACGGCUAAUACAGAUGGUGCCCUUAGCGAUGCUACAAUGGGAAUGGACUAUGCUUUACAAUCAGGCGGUGCUCUCCCGUCAAAUAGUGGGAGAGCGCCACAGAGCCAUGGGCGUAAAAUGAAUCUUUCAAGGUCUAUCAGCCUGGGGAGUAUGGCCUCUGGCAUUUCAAACUUGAGCGAUGACCAACCGUACGACAAACGGGUGUUCAGCGGAGUGUCCGACCUGAGUCUUCACACACUAAACGAGGAGGACUCGGCUUCCCAACGGCCAGUGUCUCCGGGAACUACCAUUAAACAGGGAGACGAUAUCCCUCCCGCGACUCCAAAAAAUAGAGCUGCGGAUCCGCCGUCCCCACCUGGGACUGUCUUAACACAGAUCCAGAAUCGACCCGCCCCUAAUACUGUAAAAAAGUACCAGGACAGCGUGGGGCCGUCCCCCGAUAAACGGCCUGGAAGUCGUACCCCAGGCUUUGGCAGAGGCAAAAAUAUGACAUUGAAGGAACAAAGUAGCACAAUCGAUCGAUUGUCAAAGGAGAAUUUUGACCUGAAGAUGCGCAUUCAUUUCCUUAAUCAGGCAUUGAAUAAACGGUCGGAAGAUGGCAUCAAAGAGAUGAUAUCUGAGAACGUUGAACUAAAGUCAGAUAAAAUCAAAGCGCAAAAGGAUAACCAGGCCCUGAGAAGGGUGAUUCGCGAACUGGAAAGGCAGCUGAAGGAAAAGGCUGACCCUGCUGAUGAAAGUAAAGAUGAACAGGCGUCUGAGGCAGGGAAGAGAACCAUAGACGAGGAGGAAUUUCUAUAUCUACGUGAACGGAUUGAGACGUAUGAGGUUGAGAUUGAGAGGCUCAGGGCUGAGAACAUCACUAGAGAAAGCGAGAAGAGGAAACUGGCAGAGAUGGUGAAGGCUCUGGGAGACGGGAGAAGUGGUAUAUCAGAGUCCGGCGCCAGGGAGGAACGGGAUAUGUGGAAAGACAUACUGGAUGCUGAAACUGCUGCUCGGGAGCAAAGCGAGGAGGAAAACAAACGCCUUCGCAGCCAGAUUCUCCAGCUCGAGAACGAUAUAUCUUCUCAUCAGUGCCGAGAAUCCCGUCACCGCAAGGGAUAUCAGAACUUCUCCCACGUUGGCUCUGACUACGAAAGCUCUCGUGGCUUUGGACAAUCCAGCCCGACUAGAGAGCUUGAGUUGCUUCGACAGGAAAAUACCGAACUGCGACGAGAACUCUACCAGGAAAUUGAAGAUCUGAAGCUCGAACGGCGCAAUGAAGGCCGUUCGAUCACCGGUGACAGUAUCUUUGACCGUUCUGCUUCAAGGGCACAAUCCAGAGCCAUGUCACAGGUGAGUGACCACGAUCGUGACAACCUAGAAAAUAAGAACGGGGAACUUCGAGACCAGGUGUCGGCACUUAAACUGGACAACCAGGGCCUUCGUAGCCAGUUGGAUGAGUAUGCAAACGAGCUAAGUUCUGUGGAACGCGAAUAUCAAGCAGAGCUGGACCGGGUAGGCCAGGAGCUACGGAACCUUCAGUCCCAGCGCGAUCAAGCUCUUCAGGCUAUAGAAGCGCGAGAGGCGGACUUGCAGGACCUUAAAGUGGAAGCACAAGAGGAGCUCGAUGCCAUGGGAGAAGAGCUCGACCUGAAGCAUGAAGAGUGCCAUCGCCUGGAGCUCGAAGUGCAAACACAGCAGGAGAACUUGGAUGCUCUCCAGGCAGAGGUCAGGUCUGCUAACGAAGGGAUUUCCCGACUUGAAGAGGAUGCACAGAGCAACCUCCUCAAGUACAAGGCCGUACAGCAAGAACUGGAUUACGUUAACCAGGAGAUUGAAUCCAUGGAGAGGAACCUGGUCGAGGCCAAUAAUAAGAUCCAACGGCUGACCGUUCAACAAGAAUCAAGUCAAAAUGAAAUUGCAUUCUUGCGAGAAGAGCAAGACGGUGACAAGAUCAAGAUCGGCGACUUGGAGUCUGAGUUGAGGUUCGCCCAAACCAGCUUACAGAGCGAAAAGGACAAGACAAACGAACUUGACAGACAGCUCGCUGAUGAAAGAUACCAGCGUGAGGUGGUAGGUAGCAAAGAGAAACAAGAAGUGCAGCGAAUUAUAGACGAUCUCAACCGUGAGUCGACUGCAUCCAAGGAGGAAAUCCGGAAGCUCAAGAAGAAUCUGUCUUCUCGGGAGGUUGAAGCAACCAUGUGGAAAGACCGCUUAAUGGAGUUGGAGAACAGUCUGCGUGAAGCUCUUGGUGACCUCAACGGCACCCGUUCAAGUCUUCUCACGUCAAUUACAAAGUUGCAGAAAGAACUCGAGUCGACCUCUCUCGAAUUGGAGAGCGUUCGCACCAAACUGGAUGAAAAGGAGGCUCUCCUUCGAAAUCGUGAUGCGCUUCUAGAGAGCCAUGGACUGGAGACCCAGAAGCUAGCAGACCUCCUGGAGCGUGAAAGACAAGCUCGUCGUGCCGAUAAACAUUCGUUUGAACAAUCGCUAAAGUCUCAUCACCAAGCUUCUCGAACCAUUGUGCAAAACAAUUCACGAAUAACCGACCUAGAGGGGGCACGGAACCAAGACCGAAAACGGUUCAACCACCUUGAGCAGCAGUAUAAGGACCAAUUGAACGAGCGGAAUGUGAUGUUCCUCACCCUGUGGAAGAGAUUAUCUACAAUGUGCGGGCCCGACUGGUCACAUUCUAACAGCCUUAUAAACGGCAAUCUACCCAGCCAAGAGGUUAUCGGGAACAUGCUGUUUUGGCCAGGCUUUAGCAAGAAUCUGCUCUUAGCCGUCAAGACAGUGGAAAAUUCAAUAAACGGAUUCAAGUCGCGUGUUAGAACUGUGGAGCGCAGCCUGAUGAAAGAAUACCAGGGGCUAGAGAACAGCUUGAACGCUCGAAUCAAGAAACUUGACCGUCUGGAAGACAUGGUCCGACAGAUGCAGAACAACAGACGGGCCAACACGACACCUACGAGCAUAACUGCCGAAUUGGCAAAAUUAAAGGGGGAAAACAGGCUGCUCAAAGCUGAGCUCAACCUCCUACAAUCUCACUCCCGGGUCAAGGUCGCUAACGACGGGUCAGCACGAGGGCAGCCAUCAAGAAUAGCGAGUUCAAAGUCGGUUGGGUCAUCACUUGCGAGGUUUAGUACGGGGUCGGAACAAGGAGCUGCUACUGUUGCCAACACACGAUCUGGUAGAAGCAACAGUUCUGUUUCACGCGGGUCUUCGAGCAUGGCUCAGCCAUCUCCCUUCUCUUCAAGCACCACACUUGCGGCUAACCCACCGGAAGCUCCCCAUAAUAACAUUGCUUCUGGCACUGGUCACCUAUCCCCAAGAAGCGAUGCUUCCCAGGAUAGAUGGAUACAACGACUACGUGAUCUGGAACGACGGCUAAAGGCAGAGCGAGAAGCACGACUGUUGGACCGCUCUGGAGCCCGGGAGAGGCUGGCGGAGCGGAACGCAGAGAAUGAAAAACUCCGUGCUGCUCUAGAAAGAGAGCGAAUGAAUCGAGUUGCGGGUUCUAUGGGGGGCGAUGGCGCGUGUAACGACCCCGAUCGUAAUCCACGCACCCCAGAGCGAUCCCGACGGCAUGAACAUCAGGGCCGAGAUAGGGGUAGCCGAAACCAGGAAAGGGAUGAUACGAGGGACUAA